AAAAAAAUUUAAAAGGGGGGUACACCUGAUGCUGGCUGCAAGAUCUCGGGAUCAAAACCUCCUUAGCAUUUAUUGUCAAGAAUCAGCAACUUUUUUUGUUCCUCCAAAGGAAUCCUAAAAAGCAGCUUGUUUCAUGAGUCUCAAGGGACAAUAAUUUAUUAACCCUCACAGCUAUCAACUGUCAUUUCCCAAACUGCCACAGAAUCUUCUAGGUGCAACAUUCAGUCAUUUCUGAGAAAAGAUGAUCUCCUGAAACAUUCCACUUGCUUUUUGAAUCAUAGCAGUCCCUCUCAUCAUUCCUCAAGAAGCACUGUUUGUUUCCGGUGCUUUGGUUUCAUCAGUGCCUGGAGCAAAGCAUCCAGUGGAAACAAGAGUCCAAGUCAGUAGACAGCCACAGGACCAAUUCACAGCUAUAAACUGACCCCCACUCUGAUGGGCAGCAGCCAGCAGUUUUCUCAGAUUUUCAUCAGCCUGAAGAGCCAUCAAGGAGUAACUAGGAGCCCCCGCACUUAAAGUGGUGUUAUUGGAUUACAAACUAGAAGAAAGACUUUCUUCUCUGACUGAUGUAUUAGUGCUGUAGCAUGCACCUAAGAUGAAAGUCACUUAAUGUUCUAGUACUUUUAGUAAAGAUGCUAAGAUGAAAAAAGACCUCAACUGCUGAUUGAAAUGCCUCAUUCUGGGAAUCAGAGUAUUUCACUUUGCUGUCAACAAAUUCUCAAAAUUUGCAAGCGCUCUGGAACCUUUCUGCUUUAGGAAGAAGCUCUUCCUCCUUUUAUGAUGGAUGAAAAAUGAGUGAAAUAUAGCUACAAGAUGAAUAAGUAGUCCAGUUUAUUUUAAGGGUUCCCAGUGCCGGUUCCGACACUGUGAAGAGGCCCUUGGCAGUGACACUGUGUGCUCAUUAUGGCGAGAAGGAAAAUGUUUAGAUCCAUUUUGCAGAUUUAGACACAUGGAAAUGCAGCAAAACUGCAGUAUUUCAUGCUUCUGGGAAACUCAACCUCUUGGUUGUGUGAAGAUCAAUUGUAUCUUUUAUCACAGCAAACCUCGAAAUAUCAAUGGAUUAUUUUUACCACCAAGUAGCAAUAUUGCACAACAGAAAGAAACUCAGGAAGAAACUCCACCCCUGAUCCAGAGUCAGGAACCUCUGAAAACCCAGGAGAAUAUAUCACAACCCAUUCACCAUCCUUUAGUGUUACAAACAAACUUUGAGGAAGAAGAAGAGGAAGGAGACGAGCAAGAUGAUGCUUCUGGUUUAUGGACAAAGACUCCUGAAGAAAUUGAAGAAAAAAGAGCAAUAAGGGAGAUGUGUUAUAAAUCUGGUGAAUACUACAGGUUUCAUACUCCUACAGAUACUUCAUCAUCAAAAAGCAUAGACACUGCAGAAGAAAAGGAGUUAGAAAAGUCUUUGGAAAAUGGCAGGGAAUUGCAAGAAGGAGAUGGUGUUACAGUUCCAACAAAAUUCAGCCUUUCUGAAAAGCAGGGGGAGAUGAAAGCAUCAUUGGAUGGGAAACCAAGGACUGACAUUGCUGCUUUUGAAAAUGGAGGAGGUGAUUGUUACGUUCCACAGAGGAUCAUAUUUCUUGAAGUAGAUGAAAAUCAACCUUUAACUGAAGAAAAAGAAAUCACCAUGUCAAAAUAUUCAAGUACUAAAGUGAAUAAUGUCCAGCCAGUGAGGAAGCCUCAUUUUAAAGGCAUGAAAAAAAGAAAAUGGAUUUAUGAUGAACCGAAGAACUUUCCCAGCCCAGGAAUGCGGAGAGCAGUACAGGCCCCAAAUCCUAAAAGUAAAAUGAGUUACCAUCGCAACAAUAAAACCAGAAAUGCUGAAAAUGCAUCUUCUAUCCGUGUUCAGAGCGAAGCUGUCAAGACUGUCUCAUUAAAUGCACCUCACCGUAGCAGGCCCACAAAUGGGUUCUCCAAUCAGGUCCACGUUCACAAGGAACCCAAACUCCACCUCUGUCCAGAUAAAUAUAUGUCAACGUCAUAUAAUGGUUCAGCCUGGCGAAAAAGAAUUCCUUUUUCAAAAACAUAUUCAAAAACUGAAAAGUUAUAUAUAGAGCCAAGAAGAAAUGGGAGCAAGUAAACCUGGAGAUUGAGAGAAGAGAAAAAUGAGAAAAGAGGAAAGUGCCAAACAUCAUCUGAUUUACAAUCAAAAAUGAAAAGUCAAAGGAUGAGAUAUUCAAGUACUGCAUACUGUAUACUGGGUAGUCAAAGAUGAUAAAAUGCAAAUUCUGAAAAUAAGGUGCAGGAAGUACAUUGUGCUGUUUCAAAACUGAUAAAAAUGUAAAUUGCAAACAGCUGCCUGUGUAUUUAUAUAGGUCUGGAAUUCAUUUGAUGCAUUACCACAAACAUUUAAUAAAAUUUGAAAGUUUGACAAUUAAAAUCAUUCUUUAAUUGUAAACUAAGUUGGAUUGCACAGAUUGAGGAGUGAAAUUGUGUCUUUGAUCUCUGUUUUGCAAUAUUCUUUAUGGAAGAAACCUCCCAUUUUCUUUCUGUCCCUAAGUUUUAAGCUGGGCCUUCAGUAAUAAUAACAGAUAAAGUGUAAAAAAAUUCAGUGCAGUCCCAGGGUUACAGCUUGGUGAUGAGUAUGUUAGAGGAAUUCCAAUAGAAAUACACUUUGAUGUGUUGUAGAGACAGAUUGGUUUAUUAUGCACUGCAGUUGCUGAACAAUGUCUUAUAAUUGACAACUACAAAAUCUCUCUGCUGAGAUAUGCUACAUUCAAUACUGAAAAACAAACAUUUUCUUACUGUGUAAACAAAAAUUAUACAACCGCAUUUGAGAAAAAGACUUGUUAAAGGGGAAAAAUGUGAAUUAAUAAUCUGUUGUCCCAAAAGUCUUUGUGAGGUUUUAAGCCUUUUAUAACUCCAGAAAUAUAAAUGCUUACAAAUGUAGGCGAAACAUCAUUGAAAACUUAUUUCCAUUUCUUUUGCACUUGUUUAGAAUUGUGUAUCUUGAAUAAUAUUUUUAAUUUAAUUUUUAAAAUUGCAUCUGCAGAGUGACUGAAACAAAAACUUAAAAUUAAAAAUGUAUUCUUCACAUGUAAAGACAAAUAUGAGAACAGUGUAAGUAAUUAAUUUGUCAAAUGAUGUUUUUGUAAGUUUGUAGCCUUAGUACUUCUGAGUUCAUUAAAGCUCAAAACUUCACUAAGACUUGGGACAUCUUGUGGUUAUUGGUAGUCUCUUGUUUAAUAUUUAUUGGAGGUGGGGAUCAGGGUUCUUAGAAACUUUUUACUUUAAAACAUUUUAUAAGAUAUGAUUCCAGCUUGUAGCGUAAUAAACCUAGUUUCUGGCUUCUAAUGGUGCUCUCUCUACCCACUUUCAAAAACAUGAGGAUCUAGUCAUUUUGUGUUCACAAAUAGAGUAAAUAGAAAUGAAAACUGUGCCAGCAAAAUACCUUCCUGAGAUAGAUUUGAGAGGGAUGCAAGAAAAGAGCUGAGUUGAAAAGCUGUCUGGAUGGAGGCUCAUAGGAAACAUCCUAUAUUUCCACUUAACAAAUAGAUCUGUGGCUUUCCAAAGUUUCAACUAGUGAUGGAGAAGGAAGAGUUCUAAGAAGGCAAUUCACAACA